AUGGAUAAAGACCGGCACCAUCUAAUAUACCACUACCAAGACCAAACCGUCAUCGUUGAACCCAGAGUGUUUCUGGUUGGGAACAUCUCUGAAGGUGACUUCUCGCUCCUGCUGCUGUCAGUGACAGUCCAAUCUAGUGGCACAUACCUGUGUCGUCUGCGUCCUCCACCCGGCAAUCCAGACAUCCAUGAGAGUCACACACAGCUCACAGUGGUGGAGAGAUCAGGUACAUACUUUAUUUUAAAAAGAUAACAGUUGGACUUCCUAAGCAAGUAUUACAUACAAUUAUAUGUACAAAACAAAAUAUAUGUGUACAUGCUGAAAAGGGAGUUGGGCUAUUCAAAUCAGAUUGACAGAUUAUCUUUUGUCUUUACACCUUGAUUUCCCAGGGCAGCACAGGAGAUUCCCAGGAGAUUUCCAUAAACUUGAUGUAACCCAUCCUAAUUGGCUAUUGCCUCUCUGCUGCAUGCUUUUGUUGCUGUUCCUGGUGGGCGGAGUCACAGCAGGAAUGUGGGCGUGCCGGAGGAGGUCACAGCAGCAACAAAAUGACCAGGGGUGAGAUAAUGCUGAGAGAGACCAGCAGGUGGACAUGAGAGAAAGGAGAAGACAAGGAGAGAGCAGGGUCAAAAAACAUAUACAAGAUAUGCCUAUUUUAGAGGCAGAGAGAAAUAGGACAAAAAUAUUGGAGACAUGAAACGCUAUCCUAAAACCAAUGAAAGCUACAUUUUUAAAAAUGUUCUUUCAGUCACAUCCAGGUGAACAUAAUACGCGGAGAAGACACACAGGAAGCCAAUGGAAACAAGGUAACUGCUGGACACACAUGGAAACAAUAACAUACAAGCAUUCAUACAAACACACAAACCAACAUGCAAAAACUCAGGUAACACUCAUCUUCUGACUCUCUCUCUCUCUCUCUCUCUCUCUCACUCACUCUCUCUCUUUCUCUCUCUCACACACUUCUUCUCGCUGCUCCCCUCUCAGUCAAUCAAUAAACCAAUAAUAUCCCAUCCCUAUGUGCUGCAUUGGUGUCUUCAUCUACUCUGAUGUCCCAGCUGUGUAACACUUCCUUCUGUAACACAGACUGUACCUGCUCUCUCUAACACAAUACAGGACCCAAACUGCUAUGUCACACUCCAGAGGUUCAGGGCCCCGCCCCCGCCCCCUCCCACACCCUCUAGAGGAGAGGGCAUCUAUGUUACCAUGGUGAGCACACUGUGUACAGAACAGAGGCUUUAAUUAAUCUUUUUUGAGAUGAUCAUACAGCCAUUUCUGACAUUCAAUACAGUAAUCUCCUUCGUAUCUCUCUCCUUCCUGGAUCUAGCACGGCACUCCCACUGGGCCUCCAGGUGUCCAUUCCCAGCCCCAGACUCACCCCAGCAGAAAGACUCUCCCAGAAGAGUGGCUGCAGCAGGAAAUACCCACAAAGCCCCAACACUUCCCUGGAACACCUCCAAGCAACCCUCCCCAAAGACUCAGACACAAGGAACUGCUGUGUUGA